UGCACGUCUUCUGCAUAUUUUACAAAAUAAACACGAGCGAGUGGCCAAUCUUUUAUCUCCGAGUACCUAAGGUAAAUGCCUUGUUAGUCAAGCCUACAAAUCGAAUUUCGUUGGGCACCAAUAUCCCGAGAAUACCACCAACGAGUAACCUAAGAGUGCCCAGAGGAGUACUCGGAGCAGUCGGAGCAUUCAGAGCGCCAUGAUAUCCGAAUCCGGUCCUUCGAGGAUUUCUACCCUCACCCCUCGAGAGAUACCAAAUAAUGACGGUGCAGACGACGUCUCACGUCCUAGAUCGAACUCGAAGCCGAAAUCCAGAUCAGCAGUCGACCCCGUUCUUCGCAAUGCAUUACGAUAUACCAUUUCGGCUCGCGAGUACGAGACGCUCCACAGAUAUGUCCUAUCACGAUCGCGUCUCCUGAGAAAAAGAGUACCGAGCGUAAACGCCGUCGAGAAAUAUAUGGACGGCGGCGGAAGAGCAUCAGUAUCUGAUCGUAAUGGCGGAAGUGGUAAAGGCAAAGAGAAGGUCACAAAGGAAAGCAUCGGCGGGGGAGAUACGUAUAAUACACGUACCAUCAGGGAUGCUUUACGCGUCUUCAUCGCAACCUGCUUAGGGAUGAGAGCUUACGAAGCAAUAGUAGCAAAACUGAAGGCGCAGAAAGAGGGUCCUUCGUCAAAGAAACAACCCUUUCAUAGGUCCUCAGGUCUACGGCUGUCGCUAUCUCUAUCCACCAUCUUGCUUCUCUAUCGCCUCUUAUUCCGCUUCUUUAGUCGAUUGCGGGCGCACCUACUAGACGCGACAGCAGCGCCGUUCCGCAAUCGUAACCCUAAGACCUAUCAGACGUUGACUUCGCCAUAUGCCCCCGCGGUAGGGGCCAGUUUGGCGGGGUUAGCUCUAGGCAUAUACCCCUCACAGCAGUUACGAGUGACGGUAGCUAUCGCGGCCAUUUUCCGGGCCCUCGAAUUUGGUUGGAAUUUGUGCGAGGAUCAGGGUAUGAUAUGGGGCUGGAAGACCCGAGCUGGCGGGAAAGGAGUCGUCAAACGGGAGAGGCCAUGGUGGUGGGGAAGUUGGAUGCUUCAACCUUUUGCUUUCGGGCAGCUUCUUCAUGCCGUGGUCUUCGACAGAGAAUCUUCUCCGGUCAACCUCGUCAACUUGAUCUGGAAGGGCACUACCACCUAUAUCCACGAUGCUCCGGAGAAUCUUCCCGCUGGUAUCAAGUGGCCAAACGUGUGGGAGAUUACUGACAGUCUGGCCCAGAUGGCCAAGCUCAAUUGGCCGCCAUUCGUCUCACCGACCUUAUUCCCUGAUCAGCCAACUUUGCCCCCAUCUCUAGCUGCAGUUGCACCUUUAACCUCACAAGCUCACCCUAUCAUCACUUCUCUCAGUUGCGCUACCCUGCACCCUUCUGAUCCUUCCUGUCUACGAACUUAUCUUGCCUUUUGGGUGAACUCGUUCCCGCGUUUGGGACGAGUCUUCCUUCUAUUCUAUUCCAUACUUAUGCUGCCACGCUAUAAACUUCUCUACAACUCGCCACUGUACCUCAUAAACCGCCUGAUAUCCAAGGUACUCCGCGUUUCGACGUUCGCAACAGGCGCCAUCUCAACAGUAUGGGCAAGCAUCUGCUUCUUCCAGACUUGGUUCCCGCGCACGUUCCUACCAACCCAACGGUUCUUCUUGGGCGGAUUCCUAGCAGGCCUUUGGGCUUGGGUUCAACGCAAGGAGGGCCGAAGCAUCUUCUUGUACACCGCACGGACGAGCGUCGACUCGCUGUGGAAGGUGGGCGUUAAGCGUCGUUGGUGGCGCGCUAUGAAGGGAGGCGACGUAUGGGUAUUCGUGUUAGCGCUUGCUAUCACGGGUGCCGUUUACGAAAGGGAUGCGCGGGCCAUCCGCGAGAGUCGAGUCCGGAAGGGGCUUAGCUGGGUCCGUGGUACGGAGUUCAGAGAUUGGGGACUCGAGGACGAAGACGAGAUAGCGGAUGAUGCUGAUAAAGAAGAAUGAUUCGUAAGCGACGAAGAGAAAGAAGACAUAUUACAGUUCGCUAGCUAGCGGUGUUAAUGGCGCGACGAUGAGAUGAGGCAUGGUUAUUCAUUUUUACGUUAUUUGCCCAUCUAGGUACCCUGUUUAAGUUCGAUGUAAUGCUACUAAUUAGUACAUAAUUACUAUCAUACCCAAAGAACGAUACGAGAAGCACAGUUCCGAUUCCUCGCAGAAACGUUAUAGGUUUAUUCUACAUAGCACGAUGAGUACAGCGCUGUGCUUUAGCAUAUAC